AGAAGAUCUGAGAGCUGGGUUUCUUGGAAAGGGAAGUCCAGAAGCCCACAAGAGGCCCUGCAUGGUCCAGCUUCUGUGUAAGACUUGGCUGCAGUAAGGUAGAGAAAAAGAGCUCGAAAUAGGAAAGUUUUCCAGAAAGCUGUGUGAGGAAUCCAAACCAUUUGAAAGAUGACAGCCAAGCAAACAGAGCCAGUCACUGUCAUUAGCCUUCGGGAGCUGAACCUAGGGACCUCAGAGCCACAGCCGAGAGAGUCAAAGACGUUCACUGUGGAAGAAGCUGUGGAGACCAUCGGAUUCGGACGCUUCCACAUUGCCCUGUUUCUGAUCAUGGGCAGCACGGGGGUUGCCGAGGCCAUGGAGAUCAUGUUAAUAGCGGUUGUGUCUCCUGUCAUCCGCUGUGAAUGGCAGCUGGAGAACUGGCAGGUGGCAUUAGUGACCACGAUGGUGUUUUUUGGCUACAUGGUAUUCAGCAUCCUCUUUGGCCUCUUGGCUGACAGAUACGGCCGCUGGAAGAUUUUGUUCAUCUCGUUCCUGUGGGGAGCUUACUUCUCCUUGCUGACUUCAUUCUCUCCAUCGUACAUCUGGUUUGUCUUCCUGCGGACCAUGGUGGGCUGUGGCGUGUCUGGCCAUUCACAAGGGCUAAUCAUAAAGACUGAAUUCUUGCCUACAAAAUAUCGAGGCUACAUGCUCCCCUUGUCUCAGGUUUUCUGGUUGGCUGGCUCCCUGCUCAUCAUUGGCCUGGCCUCUGUGGUUGUCCCCACCAUCGGGUGGCGCUGGCUUAUCCGCAUUGCCUCCAUCCCUGGCAUCAUCCUCAUCAUGGCCUUCAAGUUUAUUCCUGAAUCUGCUCGGUUCAAUGUCUCCACUGGGAACACUCCGGCUGCCCUGGCUACGCUGGAACGCAUUGCCAAGAUGAACCGCUCAGUCAUGCCAGAGGGGAAGCUGGUGGAGCCCAUCCUGGAAAAGAGAGGAAGAUUUGCAGACUUAUUGGAUGCUAAAUAUUUACGGACCACGUUACAGAUCUGGGUCAUAUGGCUGGGCAUCUCUUUUGCCUACUACGGGGUCAUCCUGGCCAGUGCUGAGCUGCUGGAGCGGGACCUAGUCUGUGGCUCGCGGUCCGAGUCCGAGGUGGCCGUGACCGUGGGGGUCUUGGAGGAGAGCCAGAGCCCCUGUUACUGCCACAUGUUCGCUCCCUCCGACUACAGGACCAUGAUUAUCAGCACCGUUGGCGAAAUUGCUCUGAAUCCUUUAAACAUCCUGGGCAUUAAUUUCCUGGGGAGACGGCUGAGCCUUUCUAUUACCAUGGGAUGUACAGCUUUAUUCUUCCUGCUCCUCAAUAUUUGCACCUCAAGCGCCGGCCUCAUCGGCUUCCUCUUCAUGCUGAGGGCUCUGGUGGCAGCCAACUUCAACACCAUCUACAUUUACACCGCUGAGGUCUACCCCACGAUGAUGCGUGCUUUGGGGAUGGGGACCAGCGGCUCCCUGUGUCGCAUUGGAGCAAUGGUGGCGCCAUUUAUAUCCCAGGUUCUUAUGAGUGCAUCGUUCCUGGGGGCCCUGUGUCUCUUCUCGUCUGUCUGUGUGGUGUGUGCCAUUUCUGCAUUUACUCUUCCCAUUGAGACUAAAGGACGGGCCCUACAGGUAAGUGAUGUGGGAAUCUAAGUAUUCUCAACGAAUACCUUUUGACCAAAGGAAAUGAGCUUGGAGUAUGAAAAUUCUUUUAGUGAUAAUGCCCAAGCCUGUGCUUACGUACUGGUACAUUUGUUUAGCAGGUUCCAGUAGAAAAACUGGGUGUUCCAGUGUUCUUCCAUGUAACUUUGAGCAGCACACUAAGUAUUCACUUCAAACCUUUGCUUCCUGUAAAGCUUGAACUGGGAUUAAAAUGAGUAUUACUGAUACCUCAGCAUUCUACCAUUUCCACUUUUCUCUCUGUAUAUAAGCACUGCUGCAGAGCUAACCAUGGCCAUAGGGUCAGAAACAGCUGUUUGCAUUGCCCGUAGGAUCACAGAGUCUUUACUGUUGGUCCCGCUAUCUUCCCCUCAGUUUUCUCAGCUGCCCGU